AUGGGGACUGGAGAGGGGCCGCCGCCGGCGAGGCGGGCCAUCAGCGGUAGGCGCCGCCGCCGGUGGCUGGACGGAGAGGAGGAGGAGGACGACGACGAGUAUGUGCUGGAGGAGGGGGAAGAAGAGGAUUGUGCGGAGGAGCUCCGCGCCUCGAGCGCCGGCGAGGAGGGGGAGGAUUCAGACGCCGAAUACCAGGAGGAGGCAGAGGACGACGACGAGAUCGAGACGACGCCGCUCCCCAAGCGACCAGCAAAGGGCAGCGACCGAGGGCGGAAGGGAAAGGUGGAUCCAGCCGCCGAACGAUCUCGGCGCCGGAAGUAUGAGGAGGACGAGGACUACGAGGAGGAGGUUGACGAAGACGACGAGGUUGAGGAGUUCCACGAUGAGCUCGAGGAGGCCGAGGAGGAAGAAGUGGCACCACCACGGCCGAAGAGCAUUGCAAAAUGCGGUGCCCGUGGCCGGAAUGUCAAGCUGUCUCCUGCAGUAAAGCGAUCUCACAAGCGAAAGCAGGAGGAGGACGAUGAGGAUAUUGACUUUGACCCCGAGUUGGAUGACGAGGAGGAUGAGUUAGAUAAGGACAUUGAUUUUGAUCCCGAUGUGAAUGUCAAGCUGUCUCCAGCAGCAAAACGAUCUCACAAGCGAAAGCAGGAGGAGGACGAUGAGGAUAUGGACUUUGACCCCGAUUUGGAUGACGAGGAGGAUGAGUUAGAUGAGGACAUUGAUUUUGAUCCCGAUGUGGAUAGUGGUGAGGAGGAUGAGUAUCAAGACGAGGAGGAAGAGGAACUGGUUUCUACCCGUGCCAGAAAGGUAACUGUAAAGAAUCCGGCGAAGCGAAAGUCCAAUUCAAAGCGGCGAACACUAAAGAAGAAGAAGAAAAAUAGGGGAUCCAAGGUUUCUAGGCGGAAGGGGGCUUCAGCUAAAGUGAAGAAGUCAGCACCCGUUAAGAGGCGGAGAAAGCGUUAUGACUAUGAGGAUGAGGAUGAGGAUGAUGACUUCAUUGUGGACGAUGAUAAGGUCAUUGUGAAUCGGCACCCCAGGAAGAAGGCUAGGACAGGGAGUGGGAGGGAGACAGUGGUGGACCCUCAAGUAUCCAUUGAGGAAGAGACAUGGCCAGAUGUUGAGUCAGACACAUCGGACUUUGAGUUCGCAACGUCUGAUGAAGAACCUAACAAUGUUGAGGCACCUGUAGUUGAGCAGAUUACAGUCAGAAAAGGGAGGAAGAAGAGGAUAUCUGGGUCAGAGUCAUCCUCGGAUUCUGAAUUUGUUGUAUCAGAUAAGGAAUUGGAGGAAUUGAGGGAGCCUGAGCCUCCAAAGGCUGCGCCAGUUCUCCCUGCACCCUUGAGAAGGAUUUGUAUUACAAGGCAUGGAGAAGGCAAGGGAAAGGAGAAGCAGGAACUGGAGGAAGCUGGGAAGCCAAUAUGCGGGAUCUGCCUCUCAGAGGAGCAGAGAGCUACUAUACAGGGCAUCCUCAAUUGUUGCUCACACUACUUUUGCUUCGCGUGCAUCAUGGAAUGGUCUAGGGUUGAGUCGAGAUGCCCAUUGUGUAAGCAGCGGUUCACUACAAUCACCAAGUCAUCGAAGGUAGAUCUUGGUCUUGGAGUGAGAAAAGCUGUAAUCAAGGUCGAAGAGCGUGAUCAGGUUUAUCAGCCCACUGAAGAAGAAAUAAGGCGUUGGCUAGACCCAUAUGAGAAUGUCGUUUGUAUUGAGUGCAAUCAAGGUGGUGAUGAUAGUCUCAUGCUACUAUGUGACAUUUGUGAUUCCUCAGCGCAUACAUAUUGCGUUGGCUUGGGAAGAGAAGUGCCUGAAGGAAACUGGUACUGUGGAGGAUGUAGACUCGGUGACGAAGGACCAUCAUAUACUGGAAUUCAGCGUACAGUGGCUUAUGAAAGACAAAAUUACAGAAAUCAUGUCGAUAGUAGUUCUGUAAGUUUUGGCAUGGCUGCACCAAGUGGCACAUUUGAAAGGCCGCCAUCAAUCAACCCUCGCCAUUCUUUUCAAGGGAUUGAUCUAAAUCUAUCUCCAAGAGAGUUUCCUGGAGAAUCACAUCCGGCUGAAUCACAAGUUUCAACUGAUAGCGUAUCAACUCCCACUGGAAGAAGAACUGUUUCAGGAAGGCGACAAAUACAUCGGUACAUUCGGAUUUUGCUGUCCAGACCAAGGCCACCUAGUAGACCAGACGAAUACCACAAUAUUGCGCAUCACAGUGGUGUACCAAGAACUGAACCAAUCCGCCGGAACUUACCUUCUUCAUCAGAAGCAAACACAUCACAGAAUCUGCCUGAUGGCAUUCAGAACCAUCACAGUGGCCUUCCAUUUGUUCAAGGUCACAGCAAUUUUGCUCCAUUCAUGUCCCUAGAAGGGGAUGAUUUCCAGCAAAUUGAGGGUGUGAAGAGCAACCUCAGGAACAUGUAG